UCCUGAGCAGUACCUACCCCUCCCCUCCCCAUUGCUGAGGCCUUGAUUUCAUCGCUUUACCGCCAUGGGCUGCUGUGGUGAACCAAUAGAUGCUUCGAAUAACGACAAUUCCAACAGGCCUCAACCAUAUCCGAUGGGAUUCGUGAACCAGCAGCCCGGGCCGAUUUCCAGCCUGGAAAAACCAACAUUCCAGAACCCGUCACCUCAACCUCUCCCUCAAGCAUAUCUCGGUCAACAGCAGAAUGGGUAUCAUAUUCAUAGCCAAACAUUACAGCCUUCGUGGACGGGCGUCUCGUCGACACCAACACAAUUCUCUUCCUCUCCACCCCCAGGAACACCAUUAUUCACUGGGACAACUUCGCCUACAUACAAUGGUUCACCUCCUCCAGUAAUGACCGCAGAAUCUCUCAUGAGACCUCCAAGCACAUUUCAAGGGAGCCAUUUUGGAAUCUCUACACCGCCGCCAAUGAGCCCUCAACCUUUGCAACCAUUGCGAGCGGAAUCAGUUACGGUGUCGUCGCGCGAGGGAAAGAUGUCAGUUUCGAUUGACUUUGGGACCACGUUCUCUGGUGUUGCGUAUGGGUCAUCGCGUAUUGCCGGUGGACAAGUGCAACAAAUUCUAAACUGGCCGGGAGCAACCGAAACUUUCAGAAAAAUUCCGACGUGCCUUCUGUACGACGAACAUGGUAGAGUUCUCGCUUGGGGUCUUGAGGCAAAGAACGCGGGUCCAAUGCCCGGGACGCUGAGAUGUGAAUGGUUCAAACUCUUUUUGGAGCCCAAUGCCCUUCGCGAAGAAUCCGCCAUAGAUCCUCGACUUCCUCCACUACCACCUGGGAAGAAGCCCAUCGAUGUCAUCGUUGACUUUCUCAGUCACUUAUGGGAGUAUGCGAAAGUCCAGAUAACUCAGGUCACCGGUGCCGUCUCUGAUUUGGACACCGCGGAUGUAUGGCUGACCGUACCUGCGGCAUGGGACGCUCAAGGCUGUAAUAUCAUGAGGGAAGCUGCUAUUAUUGCAGGACUUGUGCAGAAUGCUCGCGCUGGCGAUGAUAGAGAUUGGAGGGAUCGUUUGAGAAUCAUUACCGAACCGGAAGCAGCUGCAGUCCACUGCGCUCAUCUGACGGACCUUCAUCAUCUGAAACCCUCCCAGAACUUUGUUGUCUGUGAUGCGGGAGGCGGCACAGUCGAUCUAGCUGUUUAUAAGAUUAUUGGACAGAUGACACACCUCGAAAUCGCAGAAAUAGCUGCAAGGUCCGGUGCCAACUGCGGCAGUCUAUUCCUAGACUUGCGCUUCAGGGAGCUUGUCAGAACGUUACUGGCAGAUCACCCUGCCCAUCUGGAUCCAGCCUCGCUCGCGUAUUUUAUGCACUCGUUCAGUGAAUCUGACAAACUCGAUUACGCAGGGGUACAAGAUGACGAAACGACAUUUCACUUCACAUGCUUCAAUGUCGAAGACGCUAAUGACCCUUCCGUUGGGCUCAUUGAUGGCCAACUUUCUAUACCUGGCGUGCUACUACGGAGAGAAGUUUUUGACCCGGUCAUUGAGCAGGUGUUGAACCUCAUCGAGGACCAACUGAAAAAAGUCGAACAACGAAUCGAUGCUCUCCUUCUUGUAGGAGGCUUUGCAGGGAGUGAGUAUCUGAAGCAAAGGGUCGAGGCUCAAUUCUCGUCCCGAAUACGGAUUAUUGCAAGGCCUGCCGAUGCCGACACUGCUACCUUAAGAGGUGCAGCGCGGUAUGGUCUAGCCCAAAGGCCACUUGUGUCAAAUGUCAUCGCGCCACGAUCCUACAUCAUGAAAGUGAAAUUGCCAGCCGACCAAGAAGACUGGCAAAAGCGUCCAGCGUAUAUUAAGAAUAACGACGCUGGCUAUCCAAUCUGUGAGAACAGAUUACAAUAUCUCGUGCAGAAGGGUGCUAUCAUUAGAAAGGGGCAACGACUUACCACCAAGUUCUGCAAGUACUCGCAGGAUGCUCAGGAUUCUUCGUUCGUAGCUGUGUUAUAUACCAGCGAUUCGGAAAAGACCAUGCGAUACACCGACGAAGGGGAAACGUCAGAGUUGUGCAAAUGGACAGUUGAUCUGUCUUCACUUCCGGCUUUCCAAGCCAACGCUUCCGCAUCCAUGACUCAAAAUGGUUUCUACACUGAAUUUGAGAUCGGCCUGGAGUUGGACAGCGCAGAGGUUCGAGGCAUCUUGCUAUACAACGAUGAGGAAUGGGGAAGGGUUACAUUUGAUUUCCUGAACUAGAUCUCUAUACGAUGUCAUGUUCUACUGGCAGCGUCCCGAAUAAUGAGCACAGUGAGCGCGACGCGCGAUAUUAAA